GAGGGCUCACAGAAAAGGCAAUGCACGAGUGUAUCUGAUGAUUCUAUGAAUACUUCAACUUCCACAACUGAGAUUCUGAAAGGAAAGCAUUCGGUUGAUAAUGCAAUUGAAGGGAGUGCUAAAUUGAAAGUACGUAAUGAUCCUCUGCCAAGAACUGAAGGCUCCAAGAGAAAACGAGGCCAGAGGGUUUGUGCCGAAAAUGGGACUGUUCCCACUCCCUCAACUGGGAUGGUUCGAGAAGAGAAAUUGUCAGAGAAUGGCAUGGGAGAGAAUAGGAACAGAAAAGUGCAGAUUGACUACAGCAAAUCCAAGAACAAAACAGUUAAUUCGCGUUUUAGGUCUUCAAAACGACUUGCAGGGCUCAAACCCGAGGUGGCAGUCAACUUGGAAUUAAGUGAACAAGUUCUUAGAGCUGCAGCUAGAAAGUCUGGUGAAAGUGAAGCCAAACCAUCUCCCCCUGAUAAUUUGUCUCAUAGCUUUCCAUCAAAUGUUGAGCUGUCAAACAGAAGCAAGAUGCCUCUGGAGGACCAAAUUGUUCCAGAUAACCAAUCAGUGAAGCAGGAAACUGAUAAGAAAGAUGAGGAAAAUAUAGAAUCACAGCUGCUCUCUCCAUUCGGGGAUUCUUGGUCAGACCCAUCACUAGAUUUUGUAGUUAAGACUCUUACAGGGUCAAUUCUCAGCAAGGAAAAUCUGGCGAUUCAGAGUUUGGAAAACAGUGUUGCAAGAAGCUUAGAAACGACAAAUGCUGAGGUCUUACAGAAAAGGCAAUGCACGAGUGUAUCUGCUGACAAUGGGACUGUUUCCACUCCCUCAACUGAGAUCUUACGCGAGGAGAAUCUGGAAGAGAAAAGUAUUGAAAAUAAGCGCAACAUAAAAAGGCAAUACAUACCCAAGGUUAAAAAAGAAUUUGAUUUGCCGCGUCGGUCUUCAAAACGACUCGAGGAGCUCAAACUCAAGACGGUGGUCAAUUGUGUGUUAAGUGAACAAGCUCAUGGAGCUGCAACUGGAAAGUCUGGUGAAACUGAAGUCAAACCAUUGCAGACGAUUUCAACACAGAUUACAGAUCAUGAUUUGAGAGGCACAAAACUGUCAGACAUUAACGAGAAGGCUUUGGAGGACCAAGCUGUUCCAGAAGAUCAACCAGCAAGGCCAGAAACUGAGAUGAAAGACCAGGAAAAUCUAGGAUCUGAAGUCAAUCCAUCUAGGGAUUCCUGGUCCGAUCCGUGCUUAGAAUUCGCAUUUAAGACACUUACAGGGGCAUUAGUUGUUGAGAAUAAUGUUGCAAUAACUCAAGGUUAUUUCCAGAACAAGUCAACACCUCUCGUGCUCAAACUGAUGGUAGCUUAGCACUACCAGAGUUCGGCAUGCCCUAUUUACCCAACUUUUUCCAAAGCAAUAUUUCACCGGGUUUUGAUGCGCUGAGGGGGAAGCCUGUAUCUGUACCUCAGUUGCCAAUGAAUCUUACAUAUGUGCCUCCUGGACAACCUAACUUGGGAGGAAACAAUGAACACCAACCAAGAGUGAACUCAUGAAAGAUAAGCUGGCUGGUACAUUUAAAGGUUAUGGUGAUGUUCUACGUUGUUGUUGGAUGUGGAGUAAGAUUGAAAAAUGGAUUGCCACUCUUGAGUUUGACCGUGAUAGGAAAUCAAUGGGACUUAUAGUGAGUUCCAGCUCAGGAAGAAAGUCAUUGCUUGUAAAGACAAGAAAUGCAAUAGAGUUAGUUGUUUCAGCUAUUGUUGCGGGUUUGGGUGCCUUAACACAUACAUUGGGCACUCUCGUCCCUGUGAUAGGAGCAAAUGGAUUUGCUACAGCUACAGCUGCAACUACAACUGCUAUAGGAACUAUUGUUGGUAGUU